CCCAGACUGAGCAGCUCUUGGGGUGUGUAGGUGGGUGUGUGUGUGCGUGUAAUGGUGGGGGGUUGGAGGUGACCCUAUGGAUAAAUAUCUGGUGAUGUAUCUCCCCCUCUCAUUCUCUCCGUCACACACACACUUUCUGCCUCACACAAACACAGAGACACACACACAGGAGGCGGUUCUCUCCAGUCCCUCUCCAUCAGAAACAACUGACAGCCAGGCAGGCUAGCUGCAUCCUCUGGUAGCUAUAGCAGCAGCGCAGACAGCAACUAGCCGCCUCUACUGUCUGCUGCAUCUGUCAGCUGGCCACCCGAUACGUGGAGCCUUUUGUGUCUCCAGAGAGUCCCGACUCCCAUUGUGCUCUCUAUUGCGGGGGCUAAAGGAAACAACCAACAGCCACACCAAUGGACAUGAUGGGGAAGAAAGAACGCAGGGGCUGGGACUUCAAAGGCUUGCUGAAGAGGAACUGGCUGCUUAUUGCGACCAUUGUGUCGGUGCUGUUAGGGAUAGGUCUUGGGGUGGUGGUCAGGGAAUAUGCCUCCCUCUCCCACCUUCAUAAGCAGUAUUUUGGCUUCCCGGGAGAGAUCCUGAUGCGGAUGCUCAAGCUGGUCAUCCUGCCCCUCAUCAUCUCCAGCAUGAUAACAGGAGUCGCCGCCCUGGAUUCUGAAGUUUCUGGAAAGAUAGGUUUGAGGGCUGUGGUGUAUUACUUCUCCACCACCAUCAUCGCAGUCAUUCUGGGUAUUGUAUUGGUGAUGACCAUCAAACCUGGUGUCUCUCAGGAGGCCGAACAUAUCGACAGGACAGGGACCACACCAAACGUCACCACUGUCGAUACUCUACUGGAUCUUGUCAGAAACAUGUUUCCUGAAAACCUACUGCAGGCUUGUUUCCAACAGUACAAGACAAAGCGCAAAGAGCUGGAACCACCUAAAGUGAAGGGGAACACUACAAUUACAAUGUUCCCUCCUCUCUCUACCACUGUCAUGGCAACCAUUUUCCCCCCAGAGAACAUCACCAAGGACUAUAAGAUAGUCGGGUCAUAUUCUGAUGGGAUCAACGUGCUGGGUCUCAUCGUGUUCUGUGUGGCGUUCGGGCUUGUCAUCGGCAAGAUGGGCGAAAGGGGACGCAUUCUGCUGGAAUUCUUUGACGCUUUAAACGAGGCCACCAUGAGGCUAGUCCAGAUUAUCAUGUGCUACAUGCCAGUGGGGAUACUCUUCCUCAUAGCUGCCAAGAUCAUCGAGGUAGAAGACUGGGAGAUCUUCAGAAAGAUGGGCCUGUACAUGGUGACAGUGCUGAGUGGCCUAGCUAUCCACUCCACCAUUUGUCUGCCGCUGAUCUACUUUGCCAUUGUGAGGAAGAACCCGUAUACCUUUACCUUAGGGAUGGCCCAGGCACUGGUCACUGCUCUCAUGAUCUCUUCCAGCUCUGCCACCCUGCCGGUCACCUUCCGCUGUGCCGAAGAGAACCUCCGGAUCGACAAGAGGAUCACCCGCUUUGUGCUGCCUGUGGGCGCCACUAUCAACAUGGAUGGCACGGCUCUCUACGAGGCAGUUGCUGCCAUCUUCAUUGCCCAGCUCAACGACUACUCUCUGGAUGUGGGUCAGAUUGUCACCAUCAGUAUAACAGCAACAGUAGCCAGCAUCGGAGCUGCCGGUGUACCUAACGCUGGACUUGUCACCAUGGUGAUUGUGUUGACUGCCGUUGGACUACCUGCAAAUGAUGUCACUUUAAUUGUUGCUGUGGAUUGGCUACUAGACCGCUUCCGCACCAUGAUCAAUGUGCUGGGGGAUGCCUACGGAGCUGGCAUCGUCCAGAAGCUGUCCAGGCGGGAGCUGGAGAGGAUGGACGUCACCUCGGACGUGGACGUGACCAACCCCUUCGUCCUGGAGACCACGCUGGAUGACGAGGAGUGUGAGAAAAAGUCCUAUGUCAACGGCGGCUUCACCAUCGACAAGACCGACGCCAUCUCCUUCACCGAGACUUCCCAGUUUUAGGAAGGAGGGCGGGGAGCAAAGAAGUGCCAUUGCUGCUAGAUGUUAGCCUGGUGGUCCCAUCCUGUUUGUAGCCUGGUUCUAGAUCUGUUUGUGCUGUCUUGCCAACUGCUAUGGUCAUUGGCGUGACAACGACUAUUGGAGUUGGCGAGACAACACAAACAGAUCUGGUACCAGGCUAGUCUGUUUGUGAUUUAGCCAACUCCUCUCUAUGUUCGUUCAUUGCCAUGUAUACAGUGUAGUACGGCUUGACAAGGAUAGAAGAGUUGGCUAUAGCCAGGGGUGAAAGUCAAUUUAAUUUCUUCCCGGUACGGGACCGCCUAUGUGUGUACGCACUUCAUCAUAGAAUUGCAUAUAGAAUCCCUAUUCAUUCAUAAUGAUCUCUGUGGGCUUAGUUGUAAAGAUUUGUAAUUAAGGCCUCCCGAGUGGUGCAGCGGUCUAAAGCACUGCGGUGCUUGAGUUGUCACUACAGAUCCGGGUUCAAUCCCGGGCUGUGUACCAGCCGGCUGCGACCGUGAGACCCAUGAGGCGACGCACAAUUUGCCCAGCGUCGUCCAGGCUAGGGGACAGUUAGGCUGGCCGGGAUG